UUUGAAGUCAUUGAAUGUGCAUACGUUUUGUCCAAAUUGUGGUAUAAUAUGACAAAGGUAUAUAGUAGUGUUCAAAUAAUUUUUCUAUUGUCAUUAUUCUCAACGCAUCAACGAACUACUGGAGAACAUACCUGCCUCUUUAAUUUUUGUAAAUGUUCUGGAGGAAGAGGAGCAUUUUCGAUUGAUUGCUCUAAUCACGAUUUCAAGAAUUUGAACGCUUCUGAUCUUUUAGAGCAAAAUUUAACUCCUCAGCAGUUAAUAUUAAGAUCGACCAGUAUAAAAUCAAUACCAUCUUUAUUAAUCGAAAGAAAUUUGCUCGAGCUCGUAAACGAAUUAGAUGUAAGCAACAAUUUCUUAACAAUUAUUCCCAACAUUACAUUAAGUAGGCUGAAGGAGCUAAAUCUGAAUAAUAAUCAGAUUGGUUUAUCUUGGAAUGAAGAAACAAACUUUCGCCAUAUGGCUGGAAUUUCUUGUAUAUCCCUUGCCAAUAAUUCAAUUACAGCAAUUUAUGAAGAUAAUUUCAAAGGCAUCAAUGAAUUAAGAACUUUGAUAUUAUCGCAUAAUCAUAUUACAAAAAUUAGUUAUAUAGUGUUCAAAGAUAUUGGUACGUUAUAUGAAAUAGGCCUAUCACAUAACAAACUAAAGGAAAUUGAAAACGGAAGUUUUACUCUACCCAGGCUAGAAAAAUUGGAUUUAUCGUUUAAUAAAUUAAAAACUAUCGGAAAUAUUUUUGGCAAAGUCGACAGAGUGAAAGAGUUUAAUCUGAAUAAUAAUCUCCUUACUUCCUUUACGGCAGCAACUCUGUUUGGUACAAAAUUCAUAACUAAGAUUUUUUUAAAUAACAACCGAUUAAAGAAAAUUAAUUUUCCAAAAUUUAAAUUCAUUAGAGAAUUACAAAUUAUGAAUAAUAAGCUAAAGACAAUGAAUUUAACGCAUAUUUUACAUAAUCUACAUCAUCUUAAAGCUGACAAUAAUCCAUUUGAAUCAGUCAAUAAUUGGUUUGAAUUACCGAAAUUGAAGAGUCUAUCCAUGAUAAAUUGCGGCCUCCAAGAAAUACCGAAGAAAUUGAAUCAGUCGAAUAACUUACUUCAUCUUGAUUUGUCUAGGAAUGCUAUUCGGAUGAUCUAUAGUUGUGAAUUAUCACCACUAAAGAAGAUUAAGAAAUUUGUUAUUGAUUUUAAUCCGAUUGAAUGUAACUGUAGUUUAGAGUGGUUAAAAAAUUGGAAAAGACAAAUUGGCAUAAAAUUAAAGUGCUUUGAACCUAAAUCAUUAAGAAAUCAGGAACUCUAUGAUGUACCUCAUGAACUUCUUAAAUGUCAGUCCGAUGAUGGUCCCUUUAAAUGUCGUAAUGAACAUAUUUCCACAACUACUCCCCAACCAUCGACAACUUAUCGAUAUCGUCCAAAAUCUACAAAAAUACCUCCUAAACCAACAAUAAUGAAUCCUGUAAUUUUGAAAGUAUACCUAAAGCUAGAUACAAUUAAACCUUAUUUGACAUCGGUGGAUAUAAAAUGGCGAAGUUCAUCGAUGAAUAAGAUAUUUGCGUUCAGCAUUAAGAUUCAAGAAAUUGAAGAGGGUUCGGUUAGUCUUUUACAAGUUCCAAAAUAUGUUACAAGUCAUACCCUUAUCGAUUUGACUCCGAAAACUCAAUAUUCUAUUUGUGUGGUUGCUCUCGACGAUUUUAAUCGUCUCAUGGGCAAAGCGUGUACGAUAUUUAAAACCCUUCAAGAGCCGGAAAAUGUAAAAUUUACCACUCGAGAUAUAACAAUUGUAGUCGUUAUAUUAUGUUGUGUUGUUUCAAUAUUUGUUGGACUAAUAUUAUUCUAUCGUUUUGGACGAAAACCUAAGCGAAUAGAGGAUGUUUAUUCUCCGCAAUUAAAUUAUGAUACGGAAAAUCCUUCAGGUGAUGCUCCUCCAAAUUACGAGGAAUUGAGCUUACAAGAAAGAAUUCAACAUUUCGACUCGUUGUUUACGGUUGAACUUUGUGGUUCAAGAAAUAGCCAAUUAAAACAGUACAAAGAAUCACCUGUUAAUCCACAUAAAAGUCAUUAUAUAUGCAACGAUGAAGUUGGUAAGGAAGGAGAGUCAGAGAGUAGAGAAAACGAAGAAGACGAAGAAAAUUGUUUUGAUUUUAAAGACAAUACUUAUAUAGAGAAGGAGAGCACUGUCUCCAGCCACAAAGAGAGUAGCCCGGUUGAGGCAGAAGAUAAAGAAAUAGAGAACGCGAAUAAUCAUGAAGUAGAAAGGAAGAAGAGAAGAAAGAAAAAAAAGAAAAAACAGGGAGAUGAAAUGGAAUCGAUAAAUAAAGACAAGGAAGAGAAAUUAGAUGAGGAUGAGGAAAAAGCCAAACAAGUUAUUUCCUUGGAAAGUACUGAGCUUGAAGAAUUUGAGGAGAAGAUUAUUGCAGAGAAGGACGAUAGUAGAUGUGACAAUGUAAUCGCUCUAUCCCUGCACCAGAAUUCAGAUAGCGAAUGCGACGCCUAGUUACAAUCGCUUGAGGAAAGAAUAUAACUAU